AUGUCGACGGCUUCAUACGAUCUUACACAAAAACUUAUUCCCUUCCUUGACCGGCAUCUAAUCCUUCCUCUGCUUGCGCAUCUUUCAGAGGCAGAACUCUUCCCAGCAGAGCAGAUCGCGCGUGCCCAAUAUGAGCUUGUGAAGGAGACAAACAUGUUAGAUUAUGCUGCCUCACUGUUCGAGAGCGCCUAUCCGGACGAGGAAGUCCCGGGAGUGUUUGCCGCAAAGCGUGAGAAGGCUGUUUCGGAAAGCGAACGACUACAACAAGAGGCUCAGAUUGUGCUUGAUGUGAUCGAGAAACCCGAGGUUGCCCAGGCCUUGAGACAGGACAAGAUGCAAAACUUGCAAUAUCUCAAGGACAAUUACAAACUUACCCUUGAGCAAAUAUCGGCACUGUACAACUUUGGUCAAUUCCAGUACACGACUGGCAACUACUCUGGCGCAUCUGAUUACCUUUACCACUUCCGAAUUCUUUCGACUAACCCUGAUCUCCUGCUUUCUGCACAUUGGGGAAAGUUAGCCAGCGAUAUUUUGACGGGUGCAUGGGAUCGCGCAUUGGAGGAACUGUCUUCCCUUAGGGAAACCCUCGACUCAAGGUCUGGACCUGCUCAGUCUCUCACAAGCACAUCAUCCGCUCCGCUUACUGCUCGAGCAUGGCUACUCCACUGGUCUUUGUUUGUAUGCAUCAACAAGAACGUUCCUUCGGGCCCACAGACCUUCCUUGAAAUGGCGCUCGCACCUGCCUAUCUCAAUACAAUCCAGGUCUCGUGCCCAUGGCUUCUCCGCUACGUUUCGGCGGCUGCAGUACUGGUUGGGCGUCAUCGUGACGAUGUUGUCCGCGUAGUUCAGAUGGAAUCAUAUCAGUACUCUGACCCUGUGACUCGUUUCCUCACGGCCCUGUAUGUCGAUUUUGAUUUUGAGGGGGCUAGAGAAGCCUUGGGCGCGGGGGGCGUUCUAGAGGCAGACUUUUUCCUUGGCGCAUAUGCGCCCGAGUUUGUGGACGCUGCUCGUUGCCUAAUUAGCGACGCUUACUGCAGAGUUCACCAUACAAUCAAUAUUGAGCAACUUUCCGAUCGAUUGAAUAUGGAUACUAAGAUGGGGACCGAUGCCAAGAUUGAUCUCAAGAAGAAUGAAAUCCAUAUUGCGCGAGCACAUGUACCCGUUUACCAGACGAUCAUUGAAAAAACGCGGGGUCUGGCAUUCAGAACACAGGUCCUUGGGUUGCGAUGGGCAAGCGUGCUGCAGGAGAAGAGGUCGAGACAAGCAAUGCUGGAAAACGCGGUGACAAGCGCGGGUAGGAGGCGGGGCAAGGAGGGAGAGGGAGGAGAAGACCGAGGCAGCGUAGGAUGA